AUGUGCGACGAGCAGACGCAAAAGUUGCUCGACCUGGCGAAUGGCGAACGGUAGGUAGUUUAGCAGGAAAAGAGAGCUGAGUGAAAUACGUUUUGAGCCAGUUUCAGACCGCCGGGAAGUCGCCUCGUCAUCGAGCAAGGAAGCCUGGCGAGCCGACUGUGGUGGGUGUGCAAGGCGCCGUUCCGGACGCUCAUGUGCCUAUCCCUGGUCACCGUCUUCUUUGCCACCUACUUUGGAUUCAUGCUCCCUGUCAUGUGGGCUAGAACUAUCUGGUAGGUAUCAAAUUGGAUCCAACUCAUUCCAUUUAUCAUUCAGGCCUCGUUUGUACUGGUUUGUUGAGGGAAAGCUCUACCGAUGGCUGCAAUCGUUCAUCGCCUACUGGGGAUACACGGCUGGCUACGAUGUUUACGAGUACGGAGACGACGUCACCACCUACUACCGAGACGAGCGCGUCGUGAUGAUGUGCAACCAUCAGAGCACCGCCGACGUGCCCACUCUGAUGACGGUGCUGCAGAAUAAGGGGGUGGCGAGUCGGAAGACGCUCUGGCUGAUGGACAUUAUGUUCCGAUGGACUCCGUUCGGAAUCAUCGGCAACAACCACGGCGACUACUUCAUUCAGCAGGGAAAAGCGACGCGCGACAAGGAGCUUGUCCGACUGAAGAAGCACUUGCACGACGUCUUCUGGGAUCGAGACCGUCGUUGGGUCAUUCUGUUCCCAGAGGGCGGAUUCUAUUACAAACGGGUCGAGAGCAGUCAGGCGUUCGUUUUUCUGCCUCGCUUCCGAUUGAAUGUCGUGUUUUUCAGGUACGGAAAGAAGAACGGGUUCCCGCAUCUUCUGUACACCACUCUUCCGCGUAUGGGAGCCGUGAAGGCGAUUCUGGAGGAAGUCGGACCGCGUUCCGAUGACGAUGAGCCAAGAGAGCGGAGCAACAGCAAACUGAAACUGCUCAAAGACACUGUCGGAGCGAUUCGUGAGAAGAAAUACGUGAAAGGUAGGCUCUACUACUCGUCUUUACUCGGCGCACAGAGCGUACAAAAAGAGAUCGGUAAAAACAAACUAACAUCAAUGGGGAGAGUAACUCGUAAUAUUGAAAUCUGA